AUGGCUCUGGCACCGCGCGCCGAACCUACGACAGUACCAGCACCCUUCGUCUUUACCCCCAGCCAAGAUUGGGAUGGGAACGACGGCAGUUGGUCGACCUUCAAUGUCAACGUAGGCACGCCGGGACAGGACUUUCGCGUGCUGAUCUCCACUUCGGGCUACGAAACCUGGGUGGUUGCGCCAGAAGGAUGUACUCCCACCGACCCAAGCGACUGCGCGACUGCUCGAGGAGCGGAGAUAUUCAACAGCGCGGCCAGUCCUGGGUUUGAAACAAACCAAUCGUCAACAUGGGACAUGAUAGGGCUGUACAGCUUGGAUCUCGAGAAGCACUUAGGUUAUAGUGGGAAUGGGUUAUUCGGGUACGACAGAGUUGGACUGGGCACGUAUGCUGAGACGGGCGGGUUGGUGCUGAAUCGAACAGUGGUGGCCGGAAUUGCGGAUAAGGAUCACUUUCUGGGGGUUUUGGGACUCUCAACGCGGCCGAUAAGCUUUGAGAGCACGAGCGACCCUAUCCCAAGCUUCUUCACGGACCUCAAGACGAAGAACCUCAUCCCGAGUUCUUCAUACGGGUAUACAGCCGGGGCAUCAUACCGCCUCAAGAGAGUCUCUGGAUCUCUCGUUCUGGGCGGUUACGACCAGUCCCGCUUCGAGCCUUCAAACACAACAUUCACCUUCUCCAACGACCCGACUCGAGAUCUUACAAUUGGAGUGCAAUCGAUCGUGGCCCAGGACACUCUCAUCGGCGUUGCCUCGCUGACAUCGACCGGCCAUCUCUCCUUCAUCGACAGUACUGUUCCUCACAUAUGGCUGCCCCAAGCGGUCUGCGAUGUCUUCGAGCGGGCGUUCGGCUUGACCUACGACCCCACCACCGAUCUGUAUCUAGUCAACGACACCACGCACUCCCAGCUACAGAGCCUGAACCCGACGAUCUCAUUCAAACUCGGCAACCAAGCAACUAUUGAUCCCGACGGCCAGAGCGUUACCAUUGACCUCCCAUACGCAGCUUUCGACCUGCAAGCCUCAUACCCCCUCUACAACACCUCGACCAACUACUUCCCUAUCCGCCGCGCCGCAAACAAUACCCAGUACACCCUCGGCCGCACCUUCCUCCAAGAAGCCUACCUCACCGUCGACAACGAGCGCCGCAACUUCAGCGUCUCCCAAGCCGUCUUCAAAGACCCGAUGCCGUCCCGCGAAAUCGUCACUAUCCUCUGCAACGGCUGCACCGCCGCCUCGCCCGACUCCUCAGGCCUCAGCACCGGCGCAACCAUCGGCAUCGCCGUUGGCGCCGUCCUCCUCAUCCUCGGUGCCGGCCUAGCAAUCUUCUUCUUCAUCCGCAACAAGAAGCGCAAACAGCGCCUCGCCGAGCUCGACGACACGCAGUACACCAAGGUCGACGCCGGCCCGAAACCGUCGGCCACUUCCUCGCCCGCGCACGACGACGAGAACAAGCCGCACGAAGUCGACGCAACCCAGAUGCGGCAGGAACUCCCCGACUCCUCCACCUCGCCCGCAGGCUACGGCCCCUACAAGCUCAGCGAAAAGCACGGCGGGCUAGUCCAAGAAUCCCUGCUCUCCCCCUCCUCCGCGCACGAACUCCCGGCGCCGCUGCCGUCGCCUGCCGGCCACACGCCGGUUAUCCACGAGCUUCCGGGCGAGUACUACGUCCCGAUCCCCGGCUCCGGCGUCGGGGUCAGCAGGGAGGUUAGUGGAAGAAGCUCGCCUGCUACGCCGGGCGUUAGUCCGAGGUGGGUCGAGAUUACGGAGGAGGAGGCGCGGAGCGAGGGGGUUAGUAGUCCGGGGAGUGGCGGGGCGGUUAGUCCGGGGACGCAGGGGGUUAGUAGCUUGAGUCCGGGAACGCCGAGACGGUGGCGGGGGAGUGGGAGUGGGAGUGGGGGGGAGGAGGGGUUGAAGUAG